AUGGCCAUGUCCUGCGAGCAGUCCCCGUUCGAUGACGAGUUUGAUGCUCUUGUGAAAGAGCAAUUAGAAAAAUGGAAAGUCCCCGGCUUGAGUAUCUCGAUUCUUCAUGGCCCCAAUACAUACACUAAGGCAUAUGGAAAGGCGGAACUGCCAAAUCCCAGCACAGAUCGACCACAACGGGACAUGACAACCGACGCGUUGUUCUCAACAUGUAGCACCACCAAGGCUUUCACAGGUGCUGCGACCUCCAUGGCAAUCAAGGACAGCAAGAUCACCAAGUCCCCAAUCGACUGGGACACGCCCGUGUCUUCUCUAAUCCCAGAUGACUUUAUCCUGGAGAACGACUACGCUACCAAGAAUACGACUCUUGAAGAUGCCCUAUCGCAUCGAUCAGGUAUACCGGAGUAUAACUGGACCUCGGUUCUAUACCCAAAGACGGGCGAAACAUCACGCUCCAUAGUUCGCGCGAUGCGAUACAUGCCCCUCGCGACACCACCGCGCACCAAAUACCACUACAGCAAUCACAUGUUCAUUGCCAUAUCGCAUGCGUUGGAGCAACACACCGGCGAAAAUCUGGGAGCGUUCAUGAAGAAACGCAUCUGGGACCCGCUUGGUAUGAGCGAAACGUUUUUCUCGCCAAACGAAGCAAAGGCAAACCCAUUGACCGCCGCAAAACUUGUGCAAGCAUACGACUGGGUUCCCACGAGGGAAGGCGGAACGUUCAUUCCACGGCCACAUAAUGACUGGGCAGCUAACAGUGGUGCUGGUGCUAUCGUCAGCAACGUUCUCGAUUACAGCCGUUGGAUACGGGAGUUGAUUGAAAAAGCUGGGCCGUUGAAAGGGCACGACUGCUUGACAUAUCCGCGGACGAUAUACUUUCAGGAUGAUGACUUGAGUCUGCCGGCUCCGUAUCAUGGGUACGCGCUCGGGUGGGUCGUGGAUAACUACCGCGGUCAGCAUUUGUAUAGCCAUGCCGGUGGCUGGCCUGGCUACGGAACCUGGGUGGGCUUCGUCCCUGAGAAGGAUUUUGGAUUUGUGGUCAUGGGCAAUUCCUCUUCGGCUCGAUAUGCUGCGUUUAGAUUGAUCACUUAUCUUUUGGACAGGCGACUUGGUCUAUCUGAUGAUCCGAAAUACGAGCAGCAGAUCGAUGCUUGCAUUGCAAGACAAACCAAGACAUGGGACUCAAGUCAUAAAAAUGAGGAUAUGGAGGACUCAAAGGAACGGUUGUUCCCUUCUUUACCCAACCCGCCAAUCCCAUGUGCCUUGCAUAUAUCUAAAUAUGCUGGAACAUACAAAAACUCCAUGGGUUUGACUAUUAGAAUUGAAUUCAUGAGUCAUAGACUCAUGGCUGACCUGCGGGAUCGAGUCAUUCCAUGUGAACUUUCCAUUGUUCAUGCAAGCGGAGAACAUUUCGUGGGCCGCAUCCAUAAUUCAGGACUCAAUUUGUUGCCGCCCUUCCCAGUGGAAUUUUAUAUUGAUGCUACCGGUGUGGUGAAAAGAGUUGGACUCCUUUUGGAACCCGCUUUGAAAGGAGAAAAGGUCUGGUUUGAUCGGUGUGACUCCUAG